AUUCAAUUUGGAAAGGCAGUGGGUUUCUAAAAUAGCUGUCACUCAUAAUUCAAAUACAAAAACAAAUAGCCAACAAAAUUUCAAACAGAAUCUAAUAUGAAAUGAGCUAAAUGGUUUAUUGACUGAAACCAACUUUUCUCCUCAACAGGCCAUAAUGCCAAUACCUUCUCCAUACUGUAAAACUCACCUGCACUUUUCGAAGAAUACUGAAAAGCCAAAGACACAGAGAAGUAGCUUUCAUGGCUUCAACCACUGCUGUAAAUCACGUUAUUUCUUUUGAUGAAACAAGUCUGUGAAGAGUGAAGUUAUCAUAUACAUUUACAAAGAGAAAUUCAAAAUUUGUUUUGGAGAAGAUGUUGUGUGCUUGUUCCGGUGAGCAGUUCAAAUUCGAAGACGCACCACAGUCGCCCGAGUCUUUGGCUACGAGAGAUUUCUCAGCGAGUGGCUUUUCUUCAAGGGCCACAGGAGAUUGGGACUCUAAAGUUGAGGAUAUUCAAGUAGAUGAAGCUGAAUCAACUCUCAAAGAAGCUCUUUCCCUAAACUAUGAAGAAGCAAGGGCCCUGUUGGGGAGACUUGAGUACCAGAGAGGGAAUUUUGAUGCUGCACUCCAGGUAUUCCAGGGUAUUGACAUUAGAAGUUUAAUCCCAAAAAUGACCAAAGCUAUCGUUGAGAGAACUCGGCCCCGAAAGCCACGUUCCAAGAGUGAUAAAAGUGAUGUUGUGCUUCUUGGGGUAAUGUCAAUGCAUUCUGUGAGCUUACUUCUGGAAGCUAUCUUACUCAAAGCAAAAUCCCUGAAAGAGCUUGAGCAUUGUAAAGAAGCUGCAAAGGAGUGCAAAAUAAUUCUGGACAUAGUGGAAUCAGCCCUACCUAAGGGAAUGCCUGAGGGCAUUGGUGAUGACUGCAAGUUGCAGGAGAUUUUUCAUAAAGCAUUGGAGUUGCUCCCACAUCUGUGGAUAAAGGCAGGCUUUCUUGAAGAAGCUAUCAUUGCAUAUCGCCGGGUUUUGGUCAAGCCCUGGAAUUUAGAUCCCCAGAAGUUAGCAAGUGUGCAGAAAGACUUAGCUGCUACGUUACUCUAUGGAGGUGUUGAAGCAAGCCUUCCCUCUGAAGUUCAGGAAUGGGGUCCAACGGUCCCUGAAAACAAUAUAGAGGAAGCAAUCUUAUUGUUGUUAAUACUCAUGGAAAAAGUGGCAUGUAAGAAAAUAAAGUGGGAUGCAGAAAUUAUGGACCAUCUGACUUAUGCACUCUCAGUUACUGGGCAGUUUGAAUUAUUAGCGGAGUAUGUGGAGCAGGCUUUUCCAGGUGUCUACAAUCGAGCUGAGAGAUGGUACUUUCUGGCUCUUUGUUACAGUGCUGCAGGCCAGGAUGAAACGGCCCUGAACCUGCUGGAGAAGAUUUUUGGUCAUUCUGAAGCAAAGCAUAAGCCUCAUAUCCCUGCUUUUUUGUUGGGAGCAGAAUUGUGUUCCCGAGAUCCAAAGCAUGCUCAUGAAGGGAUUAAGUUUGCUCGAAAAGUAAUUGACUGUACUAGUCACCAAAAUGAGCGUUUUACGGGUCAAGCCCAAAAAUUUCUUGGUAUGUGUUAUGGAAAUGCAGCAAGAAAGUCUAUAUCAGAUUCGGAAAGAGUUUUCUUUCACAAGGAGUCUUUGAACUGUCUAAAUUGUGCUUCUCUGAAUGGGAAGGAGGACCCAGAAAUGAUGUAUAAUCUAGGGCUGGAACAUGCAGUGCAAAGGAAUUUAGAUAUGGCUUUUGACAAUGCACUGAUGUUCUCUGAUACAGUAGUUGGAAACACAGUGAAAGGCUGGAAGCUGUUAGCACUUAUAUUGUCUGCAGAACAGCGACUAAAGGAUGCCGAAACCAUCGUCGAUUUCGCUUUUGACGAGGGUGGGAAAAUGGAUCAGUUAGAACUUCUUAGAUUAAAAGCUGUCCUUCAAAUUGCUCAGGAGCAUCCCAAGCAAGCAAUAGAAACCUACAGAAUGUUGCUGGCAAUGAUUCAAGCACAAAGAGAGCUUCAUUCUAAGGACUUAGAUGAAGCAAAGUACUUUAGUACUGAGGUAUUAACAGGAAAAAAUUUGGAAAUUGCAGCUUGGCAGGAUUUGUCUGCCAUUUAUGUGAAACUUGAAUCAUGGGCUGACGCUGAAGUUUGUGCAGAAAAAGCCAAGUCAAUUGAAUUCUAUUCUCCCAGCAGUUGGCAUAGAACGGGUAUGCUGCUCGAAGCUCAGUCACUGCACAAAGAAGCUCUUGUUUCUUUCUCCAUAUCACUGUCAGUAGAACCAGAUUAUGUACCAAGUAUUGUUUCAACAGCUGAAAUACUGAUGAAACUUGGUGGCCAAUCUCUCCCUAUUGCUAGAAGCUUUCUAAUGAAUGCCUUACGUUUAGAUCCCACAAAUCAUGAUGCUUGGAUGAACCUUGGACUGAUUUCGAAAAUGGAAGGCUCUUUACAACAAGCGGCAGACUAUUUUCAAGCUGCAUAUGAGCUGAAGCUGUCAACUCCUGUUCAAAGUUUCGUGUGAUAGUGAUUUUGCAGUAAUCUGAAGCAGAUAACUAAUGGAAUAAUGGACCUUUUCUUAUCGUAUUUAGAGGCAGUAAUUCAAUUGAACUGGUUGCAUCACAGAAAGGAGUCCAAUAACUGAUGACUACGGCUUGUUGACCCACUGUUGGUCAGUGAGCAACUGUCAUUGUUCAGUAGCUUCGAGUCAUUCUUUGUCAACAGCAAAAUGUUAAUAUAUAGGUAAAUAGGCUUCACGGUGAAUCAGAAAACUUUUUAAA